GGCAAAGGAGGAGGAGGUUGGGAGGAAUAAGUAGUCUCCCCUUGUGGCUCCACGGACUCAGAGGCAGCCCCUACCUUCAUCCCAGCAGGUUCUCAGGACCCUCCACCAAAGCACCAUGAAGUUCUUCAUCCUCACACUGUCCUUGGCCGUCCUGACAGGGACUUGGGCUUCUGUCCUCCGAGAUGAGCCGGAUUCCAAGCUGGAGAAGCUAACCCAACAGGGGAGAGAAGAUGUCGAAAGCUUCAUCCAAACAUUGUUUGGGAAAUUCAUGAUCAUUGAAAUGAGUGAGGAGGGCCCGGGGAUUGGGAGUCUUCUAGAGGAUGUCUUUUGGAAUAUUAGCAGGCGCUUGCAAAACCUGGACAAAGAGUUACCUGAUGAGAUCGUGGAAGCUUUCGAUGUGUUUGUGGGGGUGCCAGUACUGGUUGUGGAGAAGGCUUAUACUGCCCUGUAUGACCUGGAGAGACAUAGGAGGCAUAACUUAGAAGCGCUCAACAAAGCUUUGCAAUCUGCCCUGGCGGGUUAUGUGGAUCCCAUCCUAGAGAGGGUGGGACCGUACGCAGCAACCGUACGCAGUGCCAUCGUUGCCCAAGCCCAGGAGAUCAACCAUAAGAUAGAUGAGAAGCUGCCGCAGCAAGUGCAAACUCUGAGAACCCAGUUGGAUCCGCACAUUAAGAAGCUGCGAGAAUUGCAGGCAGACCUUCAGCCCUAUCUUGACCACACCCAGGAGCUGAUGAGAAAAGGAGUGGAGACAAUCCACAAGCACUUACUGAAGCCGUACAUUGGUCCCAUUGUGCAAUUGCACCAAAAGUACAAAGAUGACUUCAGGGCGUGGGCUAGAGCCCCAGUGUUUCCCCCAAAUCCAUGAUUAUUUCUCCUCUCACAUGUAUACGGGGAUGGAAUCUCACGCAGCAUCUAAAGAGAGAUCAGAAUGAAAAAGCUUACAUUGGUAAUUGUGUCUACAAGACCUUGGCUGGGAGGUGGGUUGGGUGGGCAAAUCUUCUCCAGAUGGGAUAAUAAAGGAGACGUUCCUAACAACCUCUGCUAGAUGUGUGGCCUGUUUCCCUUUAACCCUCCUCCUUCUGUUGGCUUUUGCAAAUAUAUCUUCUUCAGCCAAGCAGAAGUGAAGCGCUCUCAAUACACCUGUGAUCCAACACGUGGGUUAUGAUGUGCACAUAACAGUUGCGUAGGGAGAGCUCAACUUCCUUGGCCCGCGGGGUGGAAAUGAGGAGUCCUUUUCACUUUCCCUACCCUGAAGCUGCUCCUUGAGUUUUAGGGGAAGCCUUCAUUGGCCCAAGUGACUAGAGGGCUCCCUGGAAAUAGCACCUUUGGAGAGGCCUUGGGACUCUGGCAAGGGAGGGGCGGGAGAGUCCACCUUUCCUCCUCCCCUCCUUUCUCUUGAGGCAGUGCAGGUUUACAGUACACCAGUACACACACACACACACACACACACACACACACACACACACACAAUGGGCAACACCAAUUGUUUCCUGCUGUAGCAGAGGAAGGAAGGGAUGCAGGGCCACUCCAUGUACGCAGCUGAGAGUCCAGUCGCUUUCAGCUCCUCCUUCCCCAGAACAGUUUCUACCGGUAUCCAGCUGGCCAUUGGAAGAACUUGCACCCCAAAACCAGUACCUCCUUUGGCUUAUUUCCUCCUCCAUCACAAGCCAUUUUAUUUCUGUGCUAUGCCUUUUUUAAAAAAAAAAUUGUGUCCAAGGACAGGGAUUGUCUUGUUUUUAUUGAUUGGUUACUUUCUCUGGCAGCAAUUUUUGGCUGAAUGCCAGGUGAUACAUAAUAAUAAUAAUAUUAAUAAUAAUUAUUAUUAUUAUUAUUUAGACCCUCACCCAUCCAGCUGGGUUUUCCCAGCCACUCUGGGCAGUUCCCAAGGUUGGUAGUACAAAAGCUUUGUAAACAAGCCUAUAGAUACCCUAUGCCAGUGCCCCAUGUUAACAAAUGAAAUCCUCUUCAGGGAUAGUUUGCUCCAAUCAGAAUGAUCAGACUGAGCUCAGGCUAUUGAACCUAAGAAUAUCAGGAUGAUUUGUUGUUUAGUUGUUUAGUCGUGUCCGACUCUUCGUGACCCCAUGGACCGCAGCAGUCCAUGUAGAGAGUAGAGCAGGCCAUGUAGAGAGUAGAGAGGGUAUUUUAACAUUAGAUGAUCUGAACUGUCUGUGACUGACCAGGAAUGAGACAUUGAAGUCAUAGUGGAAAGCUUGAUUAAGAUGUCGACCCAGGGCAGGGUAUGGCAGCCGUGAAAAAGGCCAAUUCUGGGCUAGGGAUCAUAAGGAAAGGAACUGAAUACUUAAGAUACCAUAAUGACAUUAUACAAAUCUAUGGUGUGACCAUAUUUGGAAUACUGUGUACAGUUCUGGUUGCCUCACCUUAAAAAUGAUUUUGAAGUGUUGGAAAAGGUUCUGGAAAUGACAUU